AUGAUGCGCUCUUCUCCUUCUUCUUCUUCUUCUUUGUCUUCUUCUCCUCUUGGAGUGACAGCGCAGAAGAGACGAAUACGUGAGAGAGAUUUGUGGGAUGUGAUCGUCAACAACGACGAUAUAACUUUCAAUCACAUUCUUCCGAGAUUGAAUUCGAAUGAUGUGAAAUUCUUGUACGAGGUGAACAGUGAAACGAGAAAGUUGCUUAAGAGAUCCUCUCGCGCGGGUGAUUUGAAAAAGAGGUUUGAUGUGAGCGAGAUGUCGUCGAUAUCGACUUUGGAAGUUGCGUGGGAGAAUAAAUCGUUGUGGCCGAGUAACUGGAGCGAAAGAGAUUUCUGCUUGGAAGUUGCUAAAACGAAUAAACUCGAGUUGCUCAAGUGGAUACAAGAGGAGAAAAAGUGUGAAUGGGAUUCAGGGACGAUUAAUGCGGCCGCAAAACAAGGCAAUAUGGAAAUGGUAAAGUAUUGCGUUGCAAAGAAGUGUCCUAUCAAUGUGUUUGCGUGUGCAAAUGCUGCCUCAGCAGGUCAUCUCGAGGUACUCAAAUACUUACGCGAAGAAGUCAAAGCGCCGUGGGAUUGGAGAAUUGCCCCUUGGGCGGCUCGAAAUGGUCAUCUCCACAUACUCGAAUAUCUUGUUGAGCGUAAGUUUGAUAAAUAUGACGCAUGGGCGUGUUGGUAUGCAGCCGAGGAAGGUCACCUAGACUGUUUGAAGUACUUACACGAAACCGCCAAAGCGCCGUGGGACGAAUGGAGCGUACUGUACGCACACGAGAAAAACCAAACCGAAUGUGUACAAUACCUCCUCGACAACAACUGCCCAUUACCACGCGGUUGGCGAUACGAGGAUGGAGAGUUAUAUUCAGAAUCAGAAUCAGAAUCAGAAUCAGAAGAAUAA